AUGGCUCGGCUGGUGAAGUUGUACGAUCAGAUAGAGCGCGUUAAAGAGCAGUAUUUUAUCAGAAACAGAAUUGCUGAAGAAAACAGACAGAGAGAAAAUGCUGCAGCAAUCAGAAUUCAGAGCUGGGUUCGAGGCUGUCAGCUGCGCGCCUAUCUCAGCUAUCUACACUGGAACGCAACCAUAAUACAGAAAACAUGGCGGGCUUUCAGCGCACGGCAGUACUUUAGGCAAAGGCUAAAGACAGCAUAUUUUCUCAUGAAGAUGAAUUUCUACAGUAAGAUGGCUGUCAAGAUACAAAAGACAUGGAGAGGCUUCUACACAAGGAAGUAUGUGCACAAUUACUACGCACGCAAGAGAUAUUUGGAGGAUUUGGCAAAGAAGAAUGAACAAGUCAGGAGAGAACUCGAGGAAUUAGCAGAGUACCAGCAAAGAGAACAAGCGCGCAUUGUAAUGGAGAGAGAGGAGCAGGAGAAAAACAUGCAAGCUCAACGAUUUCACUUUCUUCUCAGCACCAAACAGCGCCCAGGUGUGUUCAACUCACCGUUCCGCCCAGAGCCUGAUGAGAUGGAGCUGAGGUUAAGGACAGUAAAACCUUUGCGGACAAGAUCCGCUCCCAAAGUUACAGUGACCAACUGGCCGCCAUCCGGCUUCCUGUCCAGCAUAGAGAGACUCCCACCAAUACACAAGACACCACAGGGGCCUUUCAGACCAGCUGCAGAGGUUCAGCGGCAACGCCACCGGCCCCUGGAGCCGAGUCUGCGCGUGGCCACAUCCAUCACGGCCCUGGAGGAGGCCAAAGAGGAGCUGCAGCAGCGUGAAUGGAGGGCUCCUCUCAUCGACCAGCCGUUUCUGCCUUUCUCAAAGGCCCACCAAAACAAAGAAUAUAAGGCUCUUCUCCACACACACUCUCCAUAUGGACAGAAAGCAUACGGGAGCAAGCACUUCCGCGAGGAGAACAAGGUGCAACUACAAAGGAAAAAGCCAUUUAAGACGGUCUUCACAACCUGCCACGUCUUUGACAAGUUCGGACGACUCUACUCCAACGCUGGGAAAAUUGUUUAA